GGCUGCAGCUGAGCUUUUCAUGCUGUGUUGACAGCAAGGAAGACCGAUCCAGCUGAAGAAGGAAAAAGGAAGGAGAGGACUGCUGACUCCAUGUCUUCACCUUCGAAUAAAAGAUCUGGCUCUGGAUCACGCAAGUACGGCACCGUUUGUCUCUCUUCAAAUCAGACUUGCAGCUGCGUUGGUGCUUCACUGUAAUAUCUAACCCAUCUAGCUGCUGUUUAACGCUCUUAAUCACAGUAUGAUCUCUGCUGCAGUUUAACGACCUUUUGUGCUUCAAGUGCUUCGAUAAUCCUUUCUCUCUCUUUCCUGUGCUGCCGUCAUUACUACUGUACAUCCGCUGUUUAGCACUUUCAAUUUCUCUCUCUGCUGUCAAGACCUUUUCACCCUACAAGUGCCAGAUUGUAUAAAAACUUUCUAAGGGGCCAGUUUAAAAGAUUUCUAAGCACAUUAAUGUACUUGGAUAUUAAACACAUACUCACAAAUGUACACUAAUGUUCAAAAGUUUGGGAUCCGUAUGAUUAGUCUCUUAUGCAAGGCUGCAUUUAUUUCAUCAAUAUAUUGUAAUAUUGUGAACAAAAAUUAUAACAUUUUUAAAUAACUGAUUUCAAAAUGUAUUUAUCCUUCAGAAAUCAAUAUUUGUGCUUAAUAUGUUUUGGAAACUGUUAAAAAUUUUAAGCCACGCCUGUGUGCAACUCAUAUAUACUAGUAGUGGCGAUGCGUUUUAAUGGUAAUAUUGCAGUAGAGCCCAGCUCUGUGCGUCUGUCUCAUCUCUGUUUCCUCAGAUUCAACCUGCUGAAGGCCCUACAGCCUAAGCACCACUUGCAGCAAAUGCUGUCGUCUCCCUCUGCGUCCCCUGUUUUUGACUAUUGCAGGUUUAUAGAGCUAGACUACACACCCAUGGAGUCAGGCAUUAUGGUCUCUAUGAGACAGAGCAGAGGAUUUCUGACACCAAAGUCCCCGGAACGCCACUGUCGACGGAGUCAAGCACCUGUCAGUAACCGUGAUCCAUAUGGAAAUGCCUCUCUCAGCAGCAGUAGCAAUUCAGGGUCAUGCAAGGGUAGUGAUGGAAGCCCAACCCAUAGGCGUCACAUAAAAUACACCUCCUGCAAUGAUAACCAUGGUAUCCGGCCCCCUCCACCUGAGCAAUACCUUACCCCACUGCAACAGAAAGAGGUGUGUAUCAGACACCUCAGAGCACGGCUCAAAGAAACCAUCGAAAGACUGCAGAACAGGGACACUGAGAUUGAUGAGUUGCGCACUCAGCUGUCUCGUAUGCAAGAGGAUUGGAUUGAAGAGGAGUGCCACCGCGUGGAGGCCCAGCUGGCUCUGAAGGAGGCUCGUAGGGAGAUCCAGCAGCUUAAGCAGGUUGUUGAUGUUGUCAGAUCCAGUCUGGGAGACACCGACACUGGAGUGCAAAAGUGCUUCCAAGACAUAAACCUCCAGAACCACAAGCUGGAGUCUUUAUUGCAGAGCAUGGAGCUGGCUCAGAUCGGGACCCCCAAAACAGGAGAAACACUGGCAGGUGGAGGGGUGGUGGGGGCAGGGCUGGAGGUCAGCGAGGGCCUGGUGGAGUCUUCCGAAGGCUCCCCAGCUCGCUCGCUUACCCGCAGCUCUACCUACACCAAGCUAAGUGACCAGACUGGCCAGGAACAUGGGGGUAAUGAAAAUGGGUGUGACAUUCCAUGUUUGUCAGGUGAGGGCACGCAGGACAGCGGGUUUGCUUGUUGUGGAGAAAGUGGAAGAGGAGCAAGCAGGGCAGACCUGCUCCUGGAGGCUGCGUUUUUGUCUCAAGAAACAGCCUCGCUGCUCAACGCGUGCUCCCGCCUGCCACACUCCUCCACCUACGAGGCACUGAGUAUCAGCGAGCCGAGAGCUGUGCCACUACACUGCAGUGGGAUCGGGAUGGGGACCACUGUUAGUGCUAGUCAUCCAUGUUUGUCACAUCAUCACCUAUACCUGCAUCACCUACGUGAGCAAGGCAUUCAAACGGACUACGAGAAUGCACCUGCUUCGGCCCCUGCCCAUGGUCCCAGUACAUCCUUUAACUGUGAUCUGGACACUAUUGCUGAGCGCACCUUCCGCUCCCAGGCAUGCAGUCCAACCUCUACCUGGAUGUCUGAUGAGGGAGAUGAUCUGGAGUCGGUAGCCACAGAAUCAGCCAUUACGGCAACAGUUGCCACAGCUUCUGCUGUCACAGACUUUUCCAACAAGUCUGCACCAGCUGUUUCAAUGGAGCCUUGGGCACCAAAUGCGUCUGUUACAAAAGGACCUGAAAAUCUAGUGUUGGAGUCCUCUGUCAAGGAGACAACUGUUCCAGAGCUCCUUACAGUCUUACCAACCACCACAACAGUUUUGACCACAGAGACCAUUGGAUCCCAAGUAACCAUCUCUGUUCAACCUCAACCUGUAACAGACCCUUUGCCAAACCCUUGCAACUCCCCUUGCUCCGUGCAGCCAUUGAUUGAGACUGAAGGAGAGCCCCUUCCACAGACCACUCAGCCUCAAGGUAUACUAACAGACGCUGGGGAUGAAGGGGAUCAUGUCAUAAAUAUAGGUGAAGAAGAUGAAGAUGAGGUUGACGAAAGUGCUACGAACACAGAGUCCAAGUCGUCUGGCUGUGGUUUACCGGUAAAGAACUACUGGAGCCGGCACUUCCUGGUGGAUUUGCUUGCAGUGGUCGUGCCAGUGGUCCCCACAGUGGCGUGGCUCUGUCGGGGUCCACACCGCGUUGGUCAGCCAAUGUACCAUAUUGGUUCUCUCAUGCGAGGUUGCUGCACCGUGGCGCUCCAUUCCCUGCGUCGAGGAGGAGGCCUUCGCCACUACCCCGCAGGAGGAGGUGGUUCAGGGGGAAUGAGUAUAUAAGACCAGCUCUUCUCUCUGGAGAAGCAUUGAAGCCAGUGAUAUCACUGUUCUUCUGUCAUGUGCAAUUAGGGAAUGGUUAACACAUGUUAAAUGAAUUGAGGCAACAAGGAUAGUGUCUGAGCACAGCACCUUAAUGCUGUGGUUCUCUAUGGUCUAUAUCCAAGACAAGAUAAGAAUGAGGAAGGGGAAUCACUAGCAUGUAUUUACACCUACAAAUGAGAUGCUCAUGAAGUUCAGGACUUCAAAUGAGCUUUCACCUUUUUCCACAACUACUACUCUGAGUAAAGAGGCGAGAUGAUGAGUUCUGAAUGAUGGACUGACAUGAUGACAUUAACUUUGUGACUGACACUAAAAGAACCCCUUUAAUAUGAUUGUAUUCCCCCUAUUUAGGGACACAAUAAGUGAUGGGAAGAAACGUUUGUGCGUCCCUCUUACUGUCACCGUAGAGGGUGUGUGUCAUAUAUGUUUGCAUUGAUUUUUCUGAGUGAGUGUUGUGUUAAUGUACAGUGCAGCCAAAGCACCUGGAUUACUAAUGGCCAUCAUUGUUGUAGCCGUGAGUGCAGUAGUUAGCUGUCCCAUUACUUAUGUCUGUGUGGCAUAAGAGCAGAACAUCCUUUCCCCUUAAGGAGGCAGGUAAGUGCCUGCUGAGCUAUUUAUAUGUUUAGCAUAUACCACUAGUGUCCUAGAUAAAUCCUAACACAAAAUGAUGAUAGUCCAUCUGGAGGCUUUUAGACAAUAUAUUCGUUAUUCUAGACUCAAUUAUGUGGGAAAGUUUGACGGUUCAGAAAUGCACUUGUAUAGUUGAAUGCGUAUUUAGGGAAAGGGUGAUGCAUUUUAAGUAAUAAUAUGAACAGCAAGAAAGAUUCAGCGUUUAGACAAUGAUCAGGGUUAAAUGACUUUAAUAGGUUCAUGGGAGCUUUUUCACCAGAAAUGAAUUUUAUGAUUUUGUUUCACUGUGUGACCAUCAAAAGCCUGUCAUAGCCAGAUGUUUUUGGAUGAAAUGCUAAUCUUUAACAAUAGGUGUAAUUGUCAUGUUCACUUGUUAGUCUAUAUACAAUAUAAUUACAGCCUGAUGUGUUUGGCAAAAGCUGGCAUGAGAGUUACUAAAUGCUAAACAAGGAAAUAGCUGAACUUAAUUUAGUAUUACACCCUGCUUAACAAGACUAUUAGGACUAAUGUUAUUAAAUGUUAGCUAAUAUGUUAUUUCUGAAAUACUAUGUAACAUAAUUCCACUGAAAAGCUAAAAGAAUGAAUAAAAAAUGUUGUAUUGGUUAAAAAGUGGAAUAUACAAAUUGAUGAACUAAGUUUAAAAUUUAAAACAGUGAAAGUAAAUUAAAUAUUUACUGCAUGCAAACAAAUUUGAAUUUAGAAUUCUCUGCUUUCAGCUUUUUCCAAACAUUUGGCAAUGACUUCAUGUACCCUGUGAUGUUCAUGUUGACCAUUUAUUUGCCCGACACUUAGGUGACGGGUAACAUUUAAUGACACGUCGAUUGCACUAUAAUUCACUUUAUAAGCAAUUACUUGAAUUAUACUUGAUUGUGAGUUUCUGUCUGUCCAAAGGUCAAUGCAUACAUGUGGAUUUGUGGUUCAAGGUUAGAUUUCACCAACACCACCAUUAAAAAAAAAAAAUUGAGUUUAUGAUUCAUAAACUCAUAUGAAUAUGCUUUGUGUAUAUGUGACAGGACAGUAACAUUUUUCCAGUCGGUAGUGGAGAAGGUAAUAAGCCAGAUGAUAACUAUUGUAGUUAUUUGUGUCUCACAUAUGGUCUCUUCUUCUUUCUUUCAAAAUCAUGAAUAGCCGCUGCCUUUCUGUCUACCUCCUCCCUCUGAUAUUGUGUACAGUAUAAUGUUAUACAGACUUUAUUUAUUGUCAAUUUGCGAAGUUCUCAUUUAAAUUUGAUGUGGUGUCUGUAAGGUUUUUCAGCGCUUAAUAUUUAUUAUUUUAACUGCUUGACAAUCUUAAUUUGUGCUUUAAGUGGUGUUAAGUGGUUAUGUAUGUCUUUCAUUUAUAGUCUCUGCACUUUUUCACGUCAUUCCAACUGAGCACUUUUUCAAAUUUAAAUAAAAUUUAUGCAUUUAGCAGACGCUUUUAUCCAAAGCAACUUACAGUGCAUUCAGGCUAACAUUUUUUACCUAACGUAUUCCCUGGGAAACGAACCCACAACCUUGCGCUGCUAACGCAGUGCUCUACCACUUGAGCCACAGUAACACAUUAAGGCUGCAUUUACACUGCAGGUCUUGAUGCCCAAAUCCAAUUUUCUGAUUAUAUCCAAUUUUUUUGACGACCCGCUUACAUCAUCUUUCAAAAGUGACCCGUAUCCGAUUUUUGCAUUUAACUGUACAAUGCUGAAACUACCAAACGUAGACGUUCUGACUCGGACAAGGAAGUAAAACAGCACGAAAUACAAUGAAUGCAGAUGCAAAUAAAAUUAUACAGUGUUUCGCUUUCCACAAUAUUUUGAAAAGUCAACAAAAAAAAUCAGCAAAACAUUGGUCUCGUAUAGCGGAGAAAAAAAGGAGAGCCCUUUAUUUCUGUAACCACGCCCCAAAGACUUAAAAGACAUGAAACCUCCGCAUUGCUCCACUGUGUGUAUCCUUCAUCUUCCAUCACACCUAUAAUGUCAUGUGAUCUCAGCUGGUUGACGUCACUUUUUUUAUGACGUGUGACUCGCAUUUACUGGGGAAUAUUCGAUUUGUCUGCUUAUAUGGCACAUGCAAAUGCACAAAUCCGAUUCAUAUCCGAUUUAUUACCACAUAUGAAGGAGGCCUGAAUCCGAUCUGAGAAAAUUGGAAUCCAUUCGGUUUUUUCCUGUUUACACGUUCACCGGUCAUAUCCGAUCUGUGCCACAUGAGAGUAAAAAAUUGGAUUUGGGUCACUUGAGCCAUGCAGUGUAAAUGGGGCCUAAAUAACCUUACAAUAAAUGUAAAGAAAUGAAGGCAUAUAUGUUCCUGAUAUAUAUAUUAAUAGACUCAUGUAUGUUGAAAUUAUGAAUGUGUGGCUUUCAGAUAGUUUUGUCUUUUGGCUUAUCAGAAUAUGUAUCUGAGGUUAAAUGAGAUUGUAAUAAAUUUUUACCCCAAGAAUAGAAGGUUUCCUCCAAACUGCUACUGUCUGUCAGUGAAAUGUACGUAAAUAACUAUUGCAUUAGUUAUUUGGCUGGAUAAAUGUUGGACGCUGAUAUAAAGCUUUGUAUACCUUUUGAAAUGACACACAAGGCCUUGAUAAGAUGUUCUUGAAUUUUUUUGAAGCCAUAUUACAAGCAGAGAUGAGGAUGUUGGCCCUGUAUGCUGGUCAAUUGGAGUAAUAUUUCUAUUUUGUCAUGUAUUGUCAUAUCACAGUUUUUUUCCACUUUGUGUGAGUGUUUGCAAUUUAAUGUGAAAAUUCAUAUGUAUGUAUAUGUAUAUCGGUUCAUUUUUCUUUCUGCAUUUGGAUGGUAAUUAAUAAUCACAGAUUAUUUGCUUUAAAGCUUCCAAUCCUUCACAGAUCUCAAUACGGUAGUUUAUAAAAAAUGUUUUUUGUUAAUUAUUUUCAGAAGCAAGCAGACUCUCCCUGCAUUGUGUCUGAGCAUUCUAGCCAAGUGACAGGUUUUUCUCCAUAUCAACAGUUUUUACUGCAUUUUUGGGGAGGAUUAAGAAAAACAUCCAAGUUUGAUGUAUGUGUCAGCUAACAGAUUUUGUUUAGAAUCUACUUUUGUAAACAAAAUGUCUUGUAACAUGCAUUUCAUUACUCUCCAAUAACACUUUUUAGGGUAAGCUGGCAAUGAUCAUUUUUUUUACCAAUGUUCAUCACAUUCAGAUAUGGUUUAAAGACAUUAGUACUGCAUACUUUCCAUAAAUUGUUUGGUUAAAUGUAAAUAGCCUCCAAUGAGAUGAAAAUGAUAAGCCAUGCUUUUUUUCUUUCAGAGUGACUAUUGAAAUGUAAAAUUGGUGGCAAACUGACACAUCAAUAGUCUAGUGUCUGUUAAGCAGGAUUUUACGACUGUGCCUAAAAGAUUCGAUCUCGCAAAUGUACCUUUGUUAUAGAGGGUUUUUUUUUUUCUUAAAUUGUCAUUCUAAUGACAUGUUUACAUCGUCACCUGGCACUUCAGUUUUGUCUCUGUAUUGUCUAACAGUAUCAGCACCGUAAGUGAAACCAGUCUUGUAGUUCUGGUAAUGUUUCAUAGUGUCUCAAUAUUUUUGUGUGGAAAAUAUUUUAAUGGUAAUAUUAGUGUGUACAGUCAUCACUGCAACACAUCGCUCUUGACCUUCUGUAAAAGGGUCUAUAUUAAACAGCAUGGUGAACAAAGCCUUCUCACUAUUUCUGAAGUUUUUUCAUCCUUAGUCACAAGUCUUGUUCUAGUGUGUGGAGCAUUUUUUUUAAACUGAACAUUUCGAUCUAGAUCCAUUGGUAUCACCAGGAUGAUUAUUUAUUUUUGUAAUAAUUUCAAUCUCGAGGUUACAUUCGUAUAUAAAUUUUCAGAGACACUAACAUUUACAGGAUAAUGACAGAGAAUAUUAUCAAAGUUUAAACACCUAAAAACAAGUUCAAAAUCAAUAAGAAAUGAGUUGUUGCAUUACAAAUUCUGACCCAGCAUUCCUUCUGGCAGAGUACAGCUGUCUUGGCAUAUAGAUGUUCAAUUAAAAAAAAAAAAAAAGAAAGAAUUGUGCAUAGUGGAAAGAUUUUAAAA